AAUAUUUUCAAAAUUGUAAAUUAAAUCUUUUAAAAGUUUAAUGAGUUUAGAUAUUAAUUUACACGAAAUAAUUAAAUUUAUAGUAUUUUUAUAUUAAAUAUUUUUGUGUGUAGAUGAUUAAUUUUCAAAGCAUUAAAUGUUUAUUGUGAAUAUUAUCUAAAUUUUAUGAUAUAGAAUCUGCAUUGUGGAACAUUAAAAACAGUACAUGUAUCCACACUUCGGUGUGUGUAUUAGAUGCUUUGAUACGUCUUCAGUACAAAAUAACUAUAGUUAAAGCCCUCAGUAUUAUCAAUAUAAACUAAAAACAAUGAGCUUUAACCGAUUUUUAAUAAUAAAUGAAUAUUUUUUGUAUAUAUGUGCAAUAACUAUUUUUUUUAUCUAUAGUAUUAGGUGAAAGUGAACCAAUAUAUGAUGGUAGAUUUCAAAUGAUAAUGACAUCUGUGAAACCUGAAAAUGCAAUACCAUCACAAACCAAGGAUAACCUUGGUUUUCUACAUGCAUUUGUAGCAUCUUUAUCUGUCAUCGUUGUUUCUGAGUUGGGAGACAAAACUUUCUUUAUUGCUGCUAUUAUGGCAAUGAAACAUCCAAGAUUAACAGUUUUUAUAGGAGCAAUUAGUGCUUUAGCUUUAAUGACUCUUCUUUCAGUAAUUUUUGGAUAUGCUGCAACCAUAAUUCCUAGUGUUUAUACAUAUUAUAUUUCUACUGCACUUUUUGCUUUAUUUGGCUUAAAAAUGUUACGAGAUGGUUAUAAAAUGUCUGCAACUGAAGGACAAGAGGAAUUAGAAGAAGUACAAUCAGACUUAAGAAAACGAGAAGAUGAGUAUGAAAAAGAAACAGGAAGCACUUUAGUACAAGAUCCAGAAACUGGUGUUAUAAGGAAAGCAACAAAAAUUAGUGCACUGAUGCUCCUAUCUAGGAUAUUUCUUCAAGCAUUUACGUUAACAUUUCUUGCAGAAUGGGGUGAUCGUUCACAACUUACAACUAUUAUACUUGCAGCAAGAGAGGAUGUUUAUGGAGUUGUAAUAGGUGGAAUAUUGGGACACUCAUUUUGCACAGGAUUGGCAGUAUUAGGAGGACGAAUGAUAGCUCAAAAAAUUUCAGUGAGAACAGUGACCAUAAUUGGUGGAUUGGUAUUUCUACUAUUUGCUUUAACAGCACUUUUUAUUAGUCCUACAGAAGAUGUAUGAAAACAAUAUACAGUAUUUAUGUAGCUAUAUGUCAUGAAAUAUAUUUUGCUAUAAGAUAAUGUA